AUGACUCUAUUGGUGCCACCUCCUAUUUUUACCUCUAUAGCGGGGCCAAAAAUUGCAGCCGGUGUCCUUAUGCUCUUUGGAUUUCUAAUGACUGGAAACGUUUAUCAACCUCCUGAAGAUAUGAACUACCAAAAUCUGACUGAUGAUUUGACCGUUGCUUUUAAUAAAUUCACUGGAUGCGGGGUGAAAAAUGAAGAUUUUUCAUCGGCAAAAUUUCGUUCGGGACUCAAAAAUGCACGAAUUCUUGGAGGCAAAAAUGCAGAAAAUUGGCCAUGGAUGAUAUAUUUAUUGCAAAACAACGAACACAGAUGUGGUGGAACAUUAAUUAAUUCCAAAUGGAUUGUUACUGCUGCACAUUGUAUUGCGUUUCCUAAUGAACCAGAAAGGUACAAAGUAAUUCUCGGAGAACAUAACAUUUCCACAUUCAGUGGAAAUCAAAGGAUGUCUAGUAUCGCUUCCAUCAGAAGACACAAAAAAUUUAAUGCUGUCAACUACGACCAUGAUAUUGCAUUACUGAAGCUCAAAAACCCUGUAAUAUUCAAUAAACACAUAUCGCCAGCAUGUUUACCAGACCAAGGAUUUCCAACUGAUGCGACAAAUACUAUAUCAUUGGAAUCAGCAUUUACUGGGAAAAAAUGUGUUGUCUUAGGUUGGGGGAAAACAGAAAACAACAACGACCAAGAACCAAAAAUCAAGGUCCUUCAAGAAUUAGAAGUUUCCGUUCUACCUCGAGUAUUGUGUACGUCAAUAACAGAAGAAAAAAAUUCAGGAGAAUAUAAUAACAUUAUAGUGAAAGCAAAUUCUACAAAAUUCUGUGCUGGAGGAUAUCCUGGCGAAGACACAUGUGACGGUGACAGUGGUGGUCCUUUACUGUGUCGUGAUAAUAACGGAAAGUUCAAUUUGCAUGGUAUAACUUCAUACGGCCCAACACCAUGCGGACAAAGUGGGCUACCGGGAAUAUACACCCAGGUAUCAGGAUAUCGACGCAAUGGGGAUCUUUCUAACUGUUGUAUAAAACAGCGAGAAAUUAGGUCUAUUAAACAUAAGAAAUUUUAUACUGAUACAAUAGAAAAUCAGCUUAACUCAACAUUUCCGUGGAGUAUACUACAAGAAACUUUAAUAAUGACUCUAUUGGUGCCACAUCCGAUUUUUACCUCUAUGUCGGGGCUAAAAAUUGCAGCCGGCAUCCUCAUGCUCUUUGGAUUUCUAGCGACUGGAAACGCUCAUCAACAUCCUGAAGAUAUAAACCUCCAAAAUCCGACCGAUAAUUUGAUUGUUGCUUUGAAUAAAUUCACUGAAUGUGGGGUGAAGAAUGAAGAAUUUCCAUCGGCAAAAUUUCGUUCGGGAUUCAAAAAUGCACGAAUUCUAGGUGGAAAAAAUGCAGGAAAUUGGCCAUGGAUGAUAUAUUUAUUGCAAAACGGUAAACACAUAUGCGGUGGAACAUUAAUUAAUUCCAAAUGGAUUGUUACUGCUGCACAUUGCAUUGCGUUUCCUAAUGAACCAGAAAGGUACAAAGUAAUCCUCGGAGAACAUAGCAUUCCUACAUAUAGUGAAAAUCAUAGGAUGUCUAACAUCGAUUCCAUCAGAAGGCACAAAAAAUUUAAUUUUGUCAACUUCGACCAUGAUAUUGCAUUGCUAAAGCUAAAGAAUCCUGUAAUAUUCAAUAAACACAUAUCACCAGCAUGUUUACCAAACCAAGGAUUUCCAACUGAUGCGACAAAUACUAUAUCAAUGAAAUCAGCAUUCACUGGGAAAAAAUGUGUUGUCUUAGGUUGGGGGGAAACAGAAAACAAAAAAAAACAAGAACCAACAAUCAACGUCCUUCAGGAAUUAGAAGUUUCCGUUCUACCUCGAGUAUUGUGUACGUCAAUAACAGGGUUAGAAAAUGGAGAAGUAUAUCAUCACAUGGAAGUGAAAGCAAAUUCUACAAAAUUCUGUGCUGGGGGACAUCCUGAUGAAGACACAUGUAAAGGUGACAGUGGCGGUCCGUUACUGUGUCGUGAUAAUAAUGGAAAGUUUAACUUGCAUGGUAUAACUUCAUACGGCUCAACACCAUGCGGACAAGUGGGCCUACCGGGAGUAUACACCCAGGUAUCAGGAUAUCGUGAUUGGAUUGAUUCACACAUGAAAUAAAAAGACUUUCCUUUGAAACAAAGCAUGGAGCAUUGAAUUCAACUACCUUAUACUUUUUAAUAUUAUUUGUUGGAUAUUCCAUUUUUUUUAAUAAAUUAAUUUAUUUAAUAAUAUUCUAUUAAUACUAA